UGGAGGGCAGCACCGUGCAGGCUGCUGCUGCAGAAGAGAGAGAAGCAGCAGCAGGAACAGCAGCAGUAGUAGGAGGGUCUGGUCUGAUCUGGUCUGGUCUCCACCGUCGCUCUCAUCACAUCAAGACGCAAAUAAAGAAGUGAUGCUCCAUAUUGCAAUGUCCACGCCGUCAAUCUCCUCUUUCCCAGUAGACACGCCGGAGCUGCAAUGAAGGCAGGGGCCUCGUCCAUGUGGGCUUCAUGCUGUGGUCUGCUGAAUGAAGUCAUGGGUACUGGGGCCGUCAGAGGCCAGCAGCCAGGGUUUGGAGCCGGUGCUGGACCCUUCAGAUUUGCCCCCAGUGCGGGAUACUCCACAUACCCGCCCACCAGCUCAGGGAGUCCCAGUCUUGUAUGCAAGGCCUGUGGUCAGGUCUUCUCAGUAUUCAGGAGGAAGUAUAUUUGCUGCGACUGCAGGAAGAGCUUCUGCUCUCUGUGCUCCGUGCUGCAAGAGAAUCUGCGCAUUUGUGCCACAUGUCACUUGCUGAAGGCAACAGCCUUUCAGCGGCCGCGACUCAUGCGCCUACGAGUGAGGGACCUGCGUCAGUACUUGCUGCUCCGUAACAUCCCCACCGAUACCUGCAGGGAAAAAGAGGACCUGGUGGACUUGGUGCUCUGUCACCAAGGCAUCGAGGAGGAGGAGGACCCCGACACGGGCAGUCUCCACUCGCGCUCCCUGUAUACACCGACCCCUUCUACCACGCAGUCGGCCUCGGAGCUGUCUACUUUUGUCGCCUCUCAGGAGGAGCAGCUCAGCAGGAGUGAUAGCUCUGAUACCAACCAGGAUAUUGGUGAUGCCACAUCUGUGUCUCUCCUCAACCUGGACCCCAGUGAACACACUCCUGAGGUGAGUCCUCAAACGCGACGUCGGGCCAGAGCUUCUCUCUCGGACAUCGCCAGCUUGAGGGACAUCGAGGGCCUGUCCGUCAGACAGCUGAAGGAGAUCCUCGCCAGGAACUUCGUCAACUAUUCGGGGUGCUGCGAGAAGUGGGAGCUGGUGGAGCGCGUCAGCAGACUGUACAGAGAGACGGAGGAGAACAGGAAAUCAUUGGAAAAUGUGAGCAGUACUGUAACCACAGUGGUGGCCCUCCCCCCUCCUAUCUGCAACGGGGCCAUCGGAGAUGGCGAGAAGGGUCUUCUGACGAUCGCCGACGACAACCUCUGCAGGAUCUGCAUGGACGCCACGAUCGACUGCGUUCUCCUGGAGUGCGGCCACAUGGUCACCUGCACCAAGUGCGGCAAGAGGAUGAACGAGUGCCCGAUCUGCAGGCAGUACGUCGUGAGGGCCGUGCACGUCUUCAAGUCCUAAUGCGCCACUGCGAUGCCGCGGCACCUGCAGCUCAGACUGAGACUGUACAUUAAAUCAACCAUGCAGCUCAUAACCUUUGAAUCCCCAAAAGACUUAUUUUGUGAAUGUUCCAUGUUUGUAUUCCCUACAACUCACAUUAUUUGCACAUUGAAAUAUUCUGAGAAAUGUGUUUUUCUGAAGAAUUUGACUUCACCAGUGGGCAGACUAGCGAAGGAUCAUGCCCUCCUCCUCCGAGGGUAAACAUAUCUCUAAUCUGUGUUCAUUCCUAAGUGUCUGUUUUGCUUUUCUUACAAUUUUUCAAAAGCAAAGAAUGUGUGGCACUCAGCCACGUACAGUCUCGUUAAACACAACUCUUCACCCUCAGACCUGCCUAUAAACUGUAGCUUAAAAGCACCUCUCUUUACAACUGCUGCAAGUGACUACAUAUCUUAGUAACACCAGGAGAACAGACGCAUACUGAACCUCACCACAGGAGAGAGGGCGAGUGAAAAAGGUGCCAAAUAAUGGGUCAUCAUGCCCUUAUGCUUCUCACCCAUUCCCCCCCCCCCCCCUCGACUGUGUGGGUCGGUGUGUGGCUGUUGAUUUUUCAGCACGUUUUAAACAUAGACGGUAUUUAUAGAUGGACGUAGCGUCUCCACUUCCUCCCACUGUACAAAAGUGAAGCCAAAAUAUCCCGGAUAAGGGAACUGCCAUCUUGAGAUUUUAACGCCUUUUGCGCAGCAGUGAUCGGUUAGCACCACGGCAGCUGUUUGACUAGAAAGACACAACAACUAACCAUAAUACGGUAUCUCUAGAACCACAUUUAUGAUCAAACUGACACAUGUUCUAUUUCAGACCCGUGACUUAUGGAAAGUUUAAGUUACAUCUCCUCUGUCGUACAAUUCCCUAGUACUACUUCAACUACUUCACUCAGAGCAGCUGUCAAUCACAGCUGUCAAUCAUGACGUCUCACCCCCUUUUUAUAGCAUCAAAUAACUCAUUUUAAACCAAACUUAUCAGAAAAAUGUAUUUGACUUUUUAAGUUUGGCCCAUGGCCCAUCCGCUAUCAUGGAUUGGGCGGGAUUUAUGACCUAUACUGCAGCCAGCCACCAAGGAGCAAUCAAGAUGUUUUGGCUUCACUUCUGGGGAGCUGUCAUAUCGUCCAUCUUUAUGUACAGUCUAUGGUUUUAACAGAGAGCACUUUGUUCACACUGUGUGUUAACGCACCACUGCUCACAACCCACUGCAAACUAUGACCAGUAACGGUGGCUGAGGUAGCACGCGUACUGAUUCUUGAAUACUUGUCUAGACUUCAGCUAGACGGGUGAAGUUCAGAAGGCUACUAACUUUGUUAUGUCAGUGGAAAAAAAAAAGCUAAUCAUAAAUCACUGAGUUUGUGUUUUUUCUUUCCAAGUUAAACUCAGUGUUACUGCAGGUGCUCUGCCGUUGUUACUGCAGGUGCUCUGCCGUUGUGACUCAAGGAUUUUGCUGAUGGUGAUUUUACGAUGAAGUCGAUGCAUUAUUCAUCAUAUUCACUUGUUUUGUUAUAGAAGCAUAUUGCAUAUUGUAAUGCAUUACACAUUUAAAUGCUCACACAAAGUCUGUCAUUGCAGCAAUAGCUAACCUCCGCUGUCACCUCUGUCUCGACACGUCAGUGCAGACAAAAGACAAAAACCGGUGCUAACUCAUCCAACCAUCUUCCCCGUUUUCCAGCUGAACUGUGGAUGUGAAACUCUGAAUGUUUCAUUUUUUGUUGUCGGUGUAUAUUGUUGGGAGUGGAAUGAAGUGUCUUAAGUUGCUUUUCUCUCAUGUAGGAGUAAUGUAUUGAACUAAUAACUAUUCAAAGAUAUAGCUACGAGUUUACUGACACCUGUGGUAUAGAAAGUAUAUAGAAAUAAUGACUUGCUAAUGUACAUUUGCAUAUAAUGAUCCAUAUGAGAUGUAUAUAUCUAUAUUUUUUUUCCAUUUGAUUUAAAUUGUGUAAUAUCAGAUUAAUUGAAAUGUCCCCGGGAUUGGGUUAGUUUAUUAUUACAGAGUUGCGUUUUCCUGUCAAGUGGUUUGAAAUGUGUUUUAAUCUGCAUUGGUUUGCCUGAACUAUCUGUUCCUUUUGAACAAGAGCAUGACGACAACAACCUGUAUGACACUGGUUAUGUUAUUCCCCCCCAUCUUCUCCACCUAUAAAACUCAGUUUACUCCCAAUCCCCCCCCACCCAACCCCCUUAAUCCUGCUCAUUUAGCUCUGUACCAACACAAAGUCAACAUUGCUGCUAUUAGAGUAAAGAUGUCCCCUACAAUCAUGAACAGUAGCGGAGCAGGUUGCACUUUUCCUUUAGAGAGGGUGUAAUUGUGUGCAAGGUUCGGUCUUUGUAUUUGGGAAUGUUGAACUUUUUAUUUUGGUAAUUAAAGAUUUUAAUUAAAGUCUG